AUGCAUCGUAUCAGCGGGAAACACGUUGUGGUUCAAAUAAGUCUCCUCUAUCCUCGCGUUCAUGGAAUCGUCGAUCGUCCCUCAAGCGGAAAAUACGCCGUUAUCAUUCCCUACACGUCGGACGACGGUGCCACAAGUGACUUUGCUUAUCGGGCCUUACACUCCACUAUGCCAUAUCGCCGACCAUCCCUUCUGCCUGAUGCAGACAAUUAUUAUGCAACACUAUCAGAAUUGGGUGGUGAGACGUCUGGUCCACAGAUAUACAACAAUCUCGAGCUGUCUACCGGUCAUCCACGUAUCGCAAGCAACUCAAAUAUCGUCGCUGCGCACAUCGUGACCCAAGGACAAAAUUAUACAUUCAGCAACACAGUCCCACCUUUACUCCAACCUUUUCGGGGAAUCCAUACAAAUGAUACGUUGCUGGGAGAGGCUCGGAGCUUUGCAACUCAAGGUUCCGCCGACUACGCCAAUCUAGCUCAUACUACAGCAGCUUCAUCUUCCACAGGCGACAAUGCUCUGUCGGCCUCGCUGAGCACUAUGCCAGACGAGAUACCUGCUUGGCCUCGCCACCCAAAUUCACAAAUGCAACCUGCCCAUCAUUCGCGCUCAGGGGACUCGGUUACGCUAAGACAUCAAUGCUUACCUGUCAGAAGAGAACACUCGGAUUACCGCAAUUUGAUCCCUCUAGCGGCUACUAGGUCCUUUCAACCUUCUGAUGUGUCUGUCCCGCGCGAUAACCCCAGCUUAUCCUACUUCUGUGGAAACAAUCAACACCCUCACUUGUCUUAUGCAUACAAACCCGGGCCUAUGGUAGACCUGCUCGAGACCAUUGACUACAGGCGGGCUCAAGUCCCUCAAGUGUAUACCGAUGCGUGGCCCGUGUUUAAUAUUGACUCCAGCGCGCCCGGUAUUGCCACUCAUGCACAGGAAAAUAGACUCGCUAGCCCUCAGUUCGAUAUACGCUGUCAGGACAUGUUAGGAUUCUCAGAAGUACAUCUCAACCCCGAGCUGUUCGGAUCUACUGCAAGGUUCCCCUCCCAAAUGCAGAGUGUCGGCACCGCAGCGCCUGUUCCAUAUGCACAGCGCUGUGAUGGGAGUCAGCCUGUAACAGGAGACCGUAUCCCCGAGCAUGGCCUCGUCAGUCCUUCUGCCUAUAUUUUUCCGGACGCGCGCAGUACUGCUAAUUUGUCAUGCGGUAUGUAUAUGCAUGACAUUUUUUGCGGGCCGGAUGGUAGCAUGUUUCCCUCUCCAUCGACCAGCGCAUCCAUGAUACAUUGUGACGACAAUAUUGAGGCGGCUUAUCAGCCCAAGACGAGUCCCGGGGUUGCUUAUGACUUGUUCCAGAAACCACCGUCAGCUAUACCCAAUAAUACUUAUGUGUCUGCAGAUGUGGACUGCAGCUUGACACUUGCACGGCAAGUGUCAGACCAUCGUGGAAACAACGUAGCUCCUCUCCAAUCCUCAGCUGUACAACGCCACGCGAGUGGGAGGGAAGCAGCCGUCAUUUCUCCAGUGUCCAGCGCAACACAAUCCACACUCAAGGAGAGCUUCGCUACCAUCACAAAGUCAUGUCAAACACCACCACGCUGA